CGAGGUUUUUUCAAUAACUUGAAUCGAUACUACUGUAUAUCGAAAGCACAGAAUCUGAUUAGUUUAGGGCGAUUUAUGAUCGCCUAGGUUUAGGGCCUUAUGAGUCUUGUGCUUAGGCCUAGGCUAAUCCUAAUUUUCUUUUUGCUCAUACAAGUUGUAUACUUGUACUUAUAUUAUGCGUGUCUUUGAUAGAGUCCAAAUUAACAACGCAAUGUGGUUUAUAUGACAGUUUUGGUUUCAAUAGCUCUUUCUUUAUGUCGUUCACAAUCUUUGCCUUUGAAAAAAGAGGUUUAUUUAAAGGUUUCAACCAGCAAAGGGUUCAACCUGGACGAUUUUCAAAAAGUGCUAUUGUCCACAUUUUAAGGACAAAAUACAUUUUAAAAAUUAUGACCAAAUCUUCUCUUUAUAACUGCCUCUCUCACUUUCGCAAAAAACAGGCCUAGCCUCGGCUCGUACGAUCUUUGCCUAGCCAAGUAUUAUAUAAUAUCGAUACUUUCUCUUGUAAUCGCUAGAGUUCAAAUACUACUGCUCGACUACAGAGCGUUGAUUGGCUGUUAAAGAUUAAUGGAGGCCAGUUCGAAGGGACAGUGUUUACAGUGAAGCAAAUUGUUAACUGUCAAACGAAAUGUGAUUAUUCUCAGAGGUUUUGCAAAGUUUUUCACCUUGGAACGGAUCUCAAACUUACAUCUCUAUGGAGAAAAGGACCCCUCAGACCAAAGUGAAAGUGGUGGUGCGGGUGCGCCCUACCCUCAAAGACAAUGUGAAUACGUGCGUGACAGCUGGGGGGAAUACAAUACAGAUUGUCAACCACAGAAACAAGGAGGAGAACUUGCAGUACGAAUUUAGCUCCGUGUACCAUGAAACAGCUUCGCAACAAAUUGUUUUCACCGAGUGUGUGGAACCGCUCUUGAAAAACGCCUUCCAGGGACAGAAUGUGUCCGUCUUUGCCUACGGCCCUACGGGGGCAGGCAAGACGCACACAAUGCUGGGUGUACUGCGGGACCCCGGCAUCAUUCCCCGCACAGUCAAGUCACUUUUCAGCAUGAUCUCGGAGGAAGUGGAGACAGCCGCGGUUCAGAGUCUGCCCCCGCCUCAGCACUCGGUGACUUUUUCCUACCUGGAGAUUUACAACGAAAAGGUGAAAGACUUACUGGUCUCGGGCAGCACAGACCUGCCCAUCAGAGAGGAUGCCAGUCACAACAUCUUUGUCUCCGGUCUGACGGAGAAAGCUAUCACAGACUUCGAAGCCUUCAAGGACUACUUUGGUCCAGCGACCAGUAACAGAACUGUGGCUGCCACCAAACUGAACGAGUGUUCCAGCCGCAGCCACAGCAUUCUCAUGCUGAAGGUGCUGCGCAAGGUUCAGGGCCGGACGUACCGCGGCAAGAUUUACCUCAUCGACCUGGCUGGCUCCGAGGACAACCGGCGUACGGGGAACUCGGGCAUGAGGUUGAAGGAAAGUUUUGCCAUCAACAAGUCGCUGUUUGUGCUUGGAGAGGUUGUGGACGCCAUCAACCAUAACCAGCAAAACCCACAGCCAAGUUGCCGCCAGCAAAACGACGCAGCGAUGUCAACCCUCUCACCGCGGCAGCCAAACGGGCACGCCGGUCAUCGGGGACUCCUGGCUCGGAGCUGCCCAGGACGGGCUCGGAGAGGUCGCCCAAUGUCAUCUGUCCCACGCCCACCACUGAGGCGCAGCGCUCGGGGCUUAAAGACAAAACGAACAUCUUGUACCAGCAUUACCUGCUGGGCAAAGGAAAACGCAGCCGACUGACGCUGAAGAAGGUGAAGGACGCGGCAGAGCCCAGCUGUAGCCCGCUGUUCCCCGGCGGAGACUCGGGCCCACAGAAGAAGAACAAAAAGCGAAAAGGUUCUGUGGCAGACUCACCCGUGACAAAGAAGGUGAAAGCUGCUCCAAAGAAAUUUGAAAACCAGGAACAGUCUCAGAGAGACUCUGACUUCCUGUCCACGCUCAACUCGGCCAGUGUAAAGGACCUUCAGCAACUCCAGACGGUCGGCAAAAAGAGGGCGCAGCUCAUCUAUGACUGGAGACAGCUGCACGGAGCAUUUGAUUGUGUUGAUGGGCUGAAAGAAAUUCCUGGGUUCACUGACAAGUACAUACAAAAUUUGUUACGG